AUGGCUACUCCUAAUUCCUGGGCACAGGAGAUUAUCAUGUGUGACCUUUGUGACAACCCCACACAGCAAUUCUGUAACAGCUGUCAAGUCAGUUUAUGUGGAGAUUGUAGUAAGAAGCACGUCAAAGUAAAUGGUUCCCUUACCCAUGACAUCGUCAAUUACAAGGAUAGAGUUACACAGCCUGUAUCACCCAAGUGUGAAAUGCAUCUUAACCAGAGAUGUGAGGCCCACUGUCAACAGUGUGACGUCCCAGUCUGCAUGAAGUGUGUCAUAACUUCCCAUAACGGACACAAUUUUAGUGAAAUACCACAUAUCUUUCUUGAAAAGAAAAUUGAAAUUGAAAAAGAAACACAUGAGAUUGAAUCAACUAUUCUGAUGAGUUUAAAGAAGAAACAGAGAGAAAUAGAAACUAGCAUAAAUAUAUCAAAGGAAAAAUUUGAUGUGCUUAAAAGGGAAUACGAAAAGGAAAGAGAAGUUUGGCACAACGAAGUAGACACAAUAUUCAACAAGAUUAGUUCUUCGGUUGAGUCACUGCGAGAUCGCCACCUCACAACUCUUAAGUCACACCUGUCUAAAUUGCAGAGUUCGAUUACAGAUGUGAUUAAUACAACCCAAGAAAACAAAGUAAUUCUCAAAUCCAACAAAGUUUCGGAUAUCAUUAGACACGAAAGUAAACUGCAAACAUACAGAAACAUUCCUGCAGUUGUCAUUAUGAAAAUUCCUUCCAUCAAAAAAAAAAAGAGAGAGAGGAAGUUGCUGCAAGAGGAGGAUUCAACACUAGUAGAAAAGCUGAGACUGUCACAAAAAAGAUAUGUGGAUGAACUCACUACAGAGAGAUUUGAACAUCAAAAUACAAGAGAGACCAUAGGUGACCUCAAACAGUCGUUCCAGCAACUGCUGUCCGAUCGUAAUAAUUUGUCAGAGAAAUAUGAUACACUCAAAUCACAGUGUAAUAUGUUCGCCCUCCUGAAUGAUAUCACACGUUCCACAUCGGGGGUCACCACACUUUUUGACGAUUCUCUGGCUGCUAGAGGAAAAUUUCGCUUUGGAUAA